AUGGCUAGCAAUAUCCUCUUUCUGCCAUUUCGAAAGGCUACCAACCUACAAUUAUCAGAUGCUAUCAAGCAAUACAUAUCCACCAAAUAUGACCAACAUCCGGAUAUGUUCAAGCAGGACCUUGAGGUUAUUGAUGCUUUACGAAAAGACGCUAUUCAUGUCAGGGAACCUCAUACCACUGGAAUAAGAAAGAUAUCAGCAUAUGCGGGUCAACUAUCCUGGCUGGGGGGUAAAUUCCCUAUAGAUAUCGGAGUAGAGUUUUCAUGGUACCCCGCUCUAGGAUACAACAUCGACCGACUCGUUGUGGAAAAUAACCUCAAAUUCGAACUCGCAAAUGUAAUGUUCAACCUCGCGGCUCUCUAUUCCCAGCUCGCCAUGUCUGCCAACAGAGCAACGGCGGAUGGAUUGAAAAUUGCUUGUAACAACUUUUCUCUUGCGGCGGGAGUACUCAAACAUUUAAAGGAGGAAAUAAUACCUGAAUUGCGCACCUCCCCUCCAGAAGAUAUGGAUAAUGAUACACUGGAGUGUCUUCAAAGUCUCAUGUUAGCACAAGCCCAAGAAUGUUUUUGGGCCAGAGCACGAGGAAACGGGACCAAAGAUGCUCUAGUGGCAAAGUUAGCUGCAAAAGUGUCAGAUUUAUAUUCACAAGCUUCGGAUUGGGGUAUGAAGAGUAAUGCUAUAAGUUCGGAAUGGCUACAUCAUUCAUCGGUUAAACAUCAUCAUUUUGCGGCGGCGGCACAAUAUCGCAUGGCGUGUGAUUGUUUGGAGAAGAGAAAAUACGGAGAGGAGGUAGCGAGGUUGACAGAUAGUAUCGUUUGCGCCAAUGAAGGAAUCAAGGAAAUAAAAUAUGUCAAUAAAGCUGUGGCAAAUGAGUUACAGUUGUUGAAGAAUAUGGUGACGGAGUGUUUGAAAAGGGCUGAGAAGGACAAUGAUUUAAUUUAUCUUGAUCCUGUACCACCUAAGAACGAACUGAAACGCCUUGAACGAGCAAGUAUGGCCAACCCUAUUAUCCCAAAAGAAGUUUCUGAACCCAUGACUUUUCUUGGAGAUCACAAAGAAUUUGGACCGCCACUGUUCUCCAAACUUGUGCCUUUUGCUGUUCAUGUAGCAGCCAGUAUCUACGAAGAACGCCGCGAUCGAAUUGUUAAUAACAAUAUCAUCGAUGAACUUGAGAUUUUAACAACCCGCAUCCAUGAUACCCUUCGUUCCCUCAAUCUCCCUGGAUCUCUACAAGCCCUUGAGAAACCUUUGGGCCUUCCUCCUACUUUACUUUCCCAUGCGGAAGAGCUUCGUCAAGCAGAUGCAAUUGGUCGUAUCAAUAGAUCAUUUUCCGAUGCUGCAAAGCUCAAGGCAUCAGAUGAAGCUAUAUUUUUCGAAGCUAAAGAGCUAUUACAAUCAGAAGCAUCUGAAAACGAUCGACUACUAAGAAAAUUCGGAAGUGAUCGAUGGGAUCGUUUAGACUCUCGGUCUGCAUCCCCGAAAUUAUAUACUCAAGUGGAUGAAAUCGAAGGGUAUUUUAAAAGCGCGGCGAACAGUGAUCAAGUUGUUUUCGUCAAAUUUCGCGAGUAUGAAUCUAUUCUUCAGAUUCUUACCAGUUCAGAUCGGGAUAUUGGAAAUUUUGUCCCUAGCUCCCGACGAGUUAACAUACCACCAAACCUUGAAGGGGAAGUUUCCAAACUUAGGAAUUCCCUGAACGAAAUUUCAAGAUUGGAGAGUAGAAGGAGGAGGAAAAUUGAAGCUGUAAGAGAGAAAGCAAAGAAGGAUGAUAUAAAUCAUAGCAUCCUAGCCGAAACUGCUCGUUUGGAACGAGAAUAUCCUUCAACACCUGUUGUUCCAGCUCAUUUUGAAGAUUUCUUUGAAAGACGCCUCUCCCAUACCUACGAUGCAGAUCUCACUUCUCUUAAAACCGAAUCGGAAGAACAGGAAAAGCUCCUUCAACAAUUGGAAAUAGCAAAUGGAUCAUUCAUUAAAGCUAGAGCCGGAGAUACAAGCACCAGAGAGAGAGAACAGGCCUUGCAGAAACUUGAAAUGGCAUACUAUAAGUACAAAGAAAUAGUCAAUAAUGUAGAUGGCGGAAGGAAGUUUUACAAUGAUUUGGCGAAGAUAGUAGGGAGAUUUAGAGAUGGCUGUAAGGCUUUUGUACAGGAUAGAAGAGAGGAAGCAAGGAGAAUGGAAGCGGAUUUAAGUAUGCCGUUGAAACCGAUGAGCAGUCUUAGUUUACAUCAUCCUCAACCAGGAGUUGGUGGGGGAGUGAGCAUAGGAGGACAUCAUGCGCCACCACCGCCACAGCCGCUUAUCCCGGUGCAGAUGCAGGACGGCGAAGUACCCAGUCCCAGGAGAGAAAUGAGUCCGAUCCAAGCACCGGUUCCACAGAGAGCGAGUUUGCAGAGUACGCCGGUGAAUGUUGGGGGUGCGGGUCCUGGGGGAGUAGGGAAUGUAGGAGGUAUGCCGGGCGCUUUUGCAAAUAGUGUUAAUAUGGGUGGGGGUGCAGGUGCAACGUGGAAUCCGGAAUUGGGAAUUAAAUUUGGCGGUGCUGGUGCUGCUAGUGGUGGUGGGGAAAAUGCACCUCCGCCACAGACGCAAGCGCAGCCGAAACAAACGACGUGGGAUCCAAGUGCAGGGUUGAGAUUUGGAUGA